AUGUCUCUGAACGCGUCUGGGAGUUUGUUGAGCUCCUUGGCGGGCUUCUUCUGCGCCGAGGCGGCUUUUGUCGCCCUGUUCAGCCGAGUGAUCCUCAGCACGGCCCCACGAUCAACCGGAAAACGGGCUGCUGGGCUUAUCGCCUUGUGCGCGACAACAGCGUGGAUGGAGAAACUGAUUGUUCCCAUUUUCCUGGAAAACGAGAGGCCGCACUGGGCCGCAACAGUAGCUUCGCUGCUAUGGGUCCAGUUCCUGAGCGCCUCGGACCUGGUCCUGGUCAUCCGCGUACACGCUGCCCAGCUUGCAAACCUUUCGAAAUCGAGCUCGAGCAUGCUUCGCGGUCUCAAAACGGCAGCGGGCAUCUUAUUGAAUGUUCGACGAAUUGGAACACACUGGCAGGUGAAGAAUAUCCCAUCCUCGGCCGGUCUGAAGACGCAGUCACGGUCUGGCUUUGUUGCCAGGCGCGUUGCUGUUACACUCGUGGCCUAUCUGUUCGUGGAUGCCGUGGUCUCGAUGCCACCUCCAGAGCAACACUUGGUGCGAGCAGACAAGGCCGCUCUCUUCUCGUUGCGAAAGUUGGGUGUCGAUGAUAUCGCCUUCCGUUCCGGUACCGUUGUCGGAUACUGGCUCUGCACUUGCAUACUGAACCUCUUCAUGAAUAAUGUCGGGGCAGUUGUGGCUGUGUUGCUCGGGCUGAGCAGUCCCACAGACUGGCCUCCACUAUAUGGGCCAUUUUCGGAAGCAUACACGAUUCGUCGGUUUUGGGGGUACGUUCCACUUGACAUGUAG